UCUUCCUCUCUCGACCGAAAACCUCCUCAAACGUCGUCGUCGUCGUCAUCGCUGUGCUGUGUGGGUUUAGGGUUUAUCAAUCACCGAAUUUUUCGUGCCCACAGUAUCUAUCACUACUGUCUCGGGCUUCUCGGUCGCCAUGGAAGAUGGUGAUGAUGCCGGGUAUGAGAGAGAGGAGAUUCUUCCUAUGUUUGUAGAUAAAGUGUCCCACGAAGCUAAAUUGAAAGAACUAUUGCGUAAUAUUACUUCAUUUGAACUUAAGUUAUGUUCACAUGCUUCAAAGGAGUUUAUCAAGUUGCUUAGAGGUGGUACUGGAGUUGAAUUACUCCGGGAAUAUGUACAUACUUCAUUGAAUUUUUCGGAGCUUCUACAAGCUUGGAAGAUUCGACAGGGGAAACCCGGGUUGUCGUAUAUAUUUUCUUUAAUUUCAGCUAUUUUCAGUCAUCCCGAUGGGAAAUACAAACCAGACAAUUUGGAUGGGGGCGCUAUUAGCAGGGCACUUGACAAAUUUGCUCGUGUGAUCAUUGAAGAAAAGUUGAUUGAUGUUGAUAAGGAAUUGAAAAGUAAAGAAGCGAAGCGCCAGAAUGCUGCACUCUUGUUGUUAGCUUCUAUAAUUAGACGUGGUUCGGGUUUGGCUUCAGAAGUUGCUAAUAAAUUUGAUUUCAAACUCCUUCCUAAGCUUGCGGAGUAUAGACAAAAGCAAAUUGAGAUGAAGAGGAAGCAUUCUACAAGAAUAUCAUUUGUUGAGUUUGCAAUGUCAUUUUUGGAAAUCGGGAAGCCAGGAUUGCUUAGAUGGGUUCUGCAGCAGAAGGAAAUGUAUUCUGGUGUUCUUUGUGGGCUUGGGAAUGACGAUGAUGACACGGUUGUUUAUGUUCUGUCCACCUUGCGUGAUAGGAUUCUCACGCCAGAGUCAUUGGUACACCCAGGUCUUCGGAGUGUACUCUUUGGGCGUGUUACUCUUGAUCAGUUGGUUAACAUUUCUGGGAGGGAAAAUGGUGGGCUUGCAGCAGAGAUUGCACACAAUGUUCUAGUUAUGGUUUGUACCGACCCAUCAAAUGGGUUGAUGCCAGAUUUGAAGAGACAACCUAAUCCAUUGAGAGGGAAUCCAAAGCGGCUCUUGGGUGUCAUGAAGAAGCUAAAAGCAACAGAUAUUGACUACCACAAUGACCUGCUUUUGGCCAUUGUUAAAGGGAGGCCAUCACUUGGUUCAGCAUAUAUGGAUGAGUUUCCUUACAAUGUUGAAGAUCAUGCAUCGCCAGCCUGGUUUGCUGCCAUUUCGCUGGCUGCCAACUUGGUUUCCUCAGUGGGCACUGGCCUUUCUUUUGGUUUCCUUGAUUCUCAGCUUCAUGACAAGGCCUCCUUUAACAGCCCAGAUGUGCAGAGUGUUAUAAAAUGCUUAGGUCCUCGUCCAUUCACCCGAUUGGUAAUCAAUAAAGGGUUGCUUCACUCUGAUUCUCUUGUAAAACAUGGAACUCUAAGGUUUGUUUUUGAGGUUCUGAAGUUACUGGACUCUUUCAUUUUUGCUAUAAACAGUAGAUCUUGUUCCAACAGUCAAACAACGCAGAUGUUGGUGUCUCUAAAGCACAAUAUUCAGACUGAAGUCCGAACUUCGCUUCCUGAUCCUCAAGUUCUAUUUUCAUUGCUUUCUGCGCUCAAUAGUCACUACAAGAGUCUUGAGUCAGGUUUAAAGAGAAAAGCAGAUGCAGAAAUUCCACUUGAGCAUGAUUUGAUUAAUAUGAAGAAAUUAAAAACUGAUUCUAUGAAUGAGGGCUUGGAUAUUCUUGUAAGCGGGAUUAGUUCAAAUCCAGACAAUGCAAAGCAGGGGUACAGUGGUGAAGUUCUUGGUACUCAUAAUGUGGUUGAAUUGGAUGAUGCGGAUGAUUGUGUGAAGGCAAUUAUAAAAAUUUGGGGUUCGCACUGGUGCUCUAUUCCUGGUUUGGCAUUAAAGGAUUUAGAAACAUUCUUUCACUCUAAGUUACUUGACACUCUUAAAUUCUAUCAUCGGACUAUGCCUGAUGUGUUAGAGGGAUCCUUCGAUUUCUUUAAAGUUCUCCCCAGCAAUCCUUUAUCAUCACCGACUAUUCUGCAGCAAUCUCUGUUGUCUUUCCUCACAGAACACAUUGGGUGGUUUCCUAACUGCCGGUUUCCGACCAGAAUCCCACCACUAAUGUACAAGCAUCUGCAUCCAUUUAUUAAUUUGCUCAUGUAUUCACCUAUUAGAGACAUAAAGGAUCAAGCCCAUGUUUUGGCACGGGCAGCCAUGUCAAGUACUGGUGCAUUUGACAAGAACCCAUGGGAAAUUGGUGCAUGGUUCUUAUUUCUGCCUGGCUAUUCCACUGGCAACAUUUUUGUUGCAGACCAAGGCGUUGAAGUGUAUCAGAAUCUGUCUCCACCCGUUGUUUCAUUUUUAUGUGAUUCUGUUUCCACAGUGGGAAACAACUUAUUCAAAUAUUGGGAUCUUUUGAGGAGUCAUUCCAACAAAUUAAAAGGCGUAAAAGUUGUAUCUCCUGAUUUCAGCCCUCUCGUCAUUUGUGUCCUAGAGAAGUGUCUAAGGUUGCUCAGUUCUGAAUCUGGGAUCUUCACAUUACCUGAGAAAUCAAUGAUAUCAUUAUACGUAUGCAACACAAUAAGAUAUCUCUUGCAAACUCAGGUAGAAGCUGGAUUGCUUGCUUCCUUGAUUGACCUGUUAUUAUCUGAGAGACUUGAAGACCGUUUAUCUUUAGUUGAUGUUUCUGAGGAUUUAUGUGAGUGGAGGCCAUUGAAGAACUUGUUACUUUUUUCAAAGCACAUUAAAGAUCGUCAAAGUUGUAGCACUGCUUCUGUUGUUAGAGAAGCAGUGCAUACUGACAAUUCUUUUGUUAACACACUUGGCGAAGUCAAAAAAUUUGUAAAGAGUAGGCAUGGUGGUGAAUUGGCUGGAAUAACUAAAGCAUUUUCCUUUUCAUUGAUGUGUACCACGCCUUCUGAGAUAUUACAGAAUUUCCCAUCAGUUAUAUCAGUUUCACAACACUUGGUUGGAGUUCCUCUAUCAUUCUUGUCAUCCAUAUUUUCUCUUGAACAAAGUCUUCUUGGUGAUGUUGCCAAGUUAUGGCCUGAAAUGUUCUUUAAUUGUCUGGAAAUGGUUGUUGCUAUGAUCCAUGAUGAAGGCAAAUAUGAUUCCCCAAAACAGCCUUUCCAGUCUUCGUCUCAUGAAGGACUAAUUUGUAACAUUGAAAUUGACGCAGCAGAGUCUGCUUCGGCUGCUUUUAGUCUUUUUCUGAAGCAGGUGCCGUUCUAUGUGUUAUUUCCGGCAAUUGUAAGCAUUGGUAGUCCCUGUUUGUUGGUGUCAAAGCUACAAGACUUGCUUUUGGCUAAAUUAAAUGAGUUGACAUCUGAUCACUUAGUUUUGUCUUUCCGCCUCGUGUUAUUCUGGGUCUAUCAGAUACAGUCACCUUGUAAUAUUAAACCAUUUGGUGAAAUGGAACAGCUUUAUGGAACAUGCUUCAUCCUCAUAGAGCGCAUGUUGGCCCAACUUUUUGUUGUAAAACCUGCUUCUGGUCAUUCAACAAUUAUUGAGGCUGCUUUGUCAUUGCACCACAUCCACGAAGUGGUUGAAACUAUUUUCUCACAUCCUGCAGUGACAACAUCACUUGAAAGCCCUCUGGUCUGUAGUGAGAAAUUGACAGAUGGAAUCUUUGAGAACAGUUUGGGGAAUUUUCUUCAUUUGUCCAGACAGGAAGUUCAUACAAUGAAUUAUCAUGUUCUGAAUUUGUUGACAACAACUUCCAACCACUUGUUAUCUUUUUUCAGUGGCCAAGGGGCUAUCUUUAUAGUUGAUGACUGUGCAAACAAACAGAUUGUAAAGGCUUUCAAAGCUCUGGUUCAGAAGCUGAUUGUGACAUUCAGGGAGAAGUUUGAUCUUUGCAUAAAGACUAAAGAUCUGGUGUCUCUUGUACCAACAUUAUAUGCUUUAUAUACUUUGAUCCGUUUCAUAUCCCCCUUUGAGCUGCUUGAAUUAGUGCAUUGGAUAUUUUGUAGAAUUGAACUGAAUGAGUUGACAAUUUCGGAAUCUUUCAAAAAUUCUGCUCUCUCUGUGGGAUUAUGUAUUGCUGGUGGUGCUUUUCAAAUGUUAUCAGAUUAUUUGCAGCAGCCAUGUACAAAAAGAUUUUGGGGAAUAGAAGAAAACAAUUCUGAUGUUGAUUUGCUUGAGAGAAUUUAUUUUCGAGUAGUUGAGAUUGCCACACGUUCUGAGCUAAAUGUUGCGGAUUUAUGUUUGCUGCAAGCUGUUAAUGUUGUACGCAUACAUAAAUUUAUGCAGAAUCAGUGUAUUCCUUUUGGUAUGGCCAUGUCAAGAGUGAUAUCAAGGACUCCUUUAAUAGUGCUUUCUCAUUGCAUCCACAGGAUAAGCAUGACCAAAGCUAAAUUAUUGUUUCUUCUUACUGAAGUGAGUCCCCUGCAUCUGUCAGUGUUUGGGCAAUUAUUUUCUGAUAUUGUGAAGAAAGAUAUGCUUUGUAAGGAUAAUGUGAUGGAAAAUACCAGUAACUAUACUCUUUCUGACGAGGAUUUGAUGCUACUUCUGCCUGUUGCUUUGUCAUAUUUAAAUUCAAGUUUCUUGAAAUUUGGAGAACACUUUCACAAGCAUUUUAGAAGUAUUCCUUCAUUUUAUAUGAGGAUCAUCUUGGAUGGUUUUGUUAACUGGAAGACUUAUGUCUCUCAAGACAUGUUUCAGGUAGAAUAUGGUGAAUCAUUGCCAUCAUCUUCAGAGGAUAUUCUCAAUCUUGUCAAUGAAAGUCUUCUUGGAAAAGCAAUACAUAUGUUGAAGUAUUGCCUUGCCUUAAAGCGGGAUUCUAAAUUGAAAAAGCGAUUGAAGCUGUUCGAUUCUGUUUGUCCAUGUGAUGAGGCACCCGAUAAUCUGCUGGAUUGUGAUGCCAAUGCAAUUGAUGCUUCCUCACUUAAUGAGUCCUUAAACAUAAUGAAUAGAGUUGUUGCAAAGGUGACCUUUUGUAGGAUGCUAUUAUUUCCUAAGUGUGAUCAGAUUCAGUCUCUGCUAAGGAAUGGAGAUGGUUACAUGAAGGAGAUAGCUUCUGAAGAGGGAUCUAGUAAGGAGAACUUGUCAAGAAUUCGAUUUAUAAACACUUUGGUGCAUACUUGGCAACUGAUAGUCAAGAAAUUCCCUUUAAUUUCUGAUAAUUCUGAAGAAGUGAAGGGCACAAAUUAUUUCUUGUUCAGAAUUUUGGAACUCUUCAUUUUGAGGAAUGUUUCUGAAUUAACUAUGGAGAUGCACAGUGGUCUUACCCAAUUACUAUCUCUUCCAUUCCUUGAACAACUUGCAAAAUCAUCUUUUCUACACAGGUUUGAGGAUCCUGCAACACUGAAAGUUCUUCAAAGUAUGCUUGCUUUGCUAUCUGAAGGGAAAUUCUCAUGCAUUAUACUUCUGCAGUUGCUGGUUGAGCACUCUCAGUUUGCAUCUUCUAUACAAUCUGCCUUCAAGUCAUCUGGUUGUUCUCAGGCUGGUGUGAUUUUUAGGCCUAUGUCCAGCAUUCUGAGAUCACUCGUCAUUCCUUUUACUGACCAUAAUGUACUUGAUGGCAAGAUCAACCCUCAAACAUCUGGGUACAUGAAACAGAUGGAAGUUAUUAAGUUACUUAGAAUACUCUUCCGCUUCAGGGCUAAUCAGUGGGACUUUGGUUCUGAAAAAGACAACGGCAUAAAUUCCAAAGAACUCCUUUUUUUGCUUUUAUCUUCUUAUGGUGCAACACUCAAUGAAAUUGAUUUGGAGAUAUUAACUCUCAUGCAUGAGAUUGAAUCCACUAAUGAAUCAAACUCUGGAAGUAUUGCUGAAUUUGACUAUCUCUGGGGAAGUGCUGCUUUAAGAAUCAGGAAGGAACAGGAGCAGGCCUCAGCUGAUAAUAUCACUGACAAUAAAGCAGUUGAGGAUUUCAGAAGAAGUCAAUUUAGAGAAAACCUUCCUAUUGACCCCAAAUUGUGUGCGGCAACUGUGCUAUAUUUUCCAUAUGAUAGAACUUUUUCUGAUGGAGCGUCAUGCUCUAACAAGCUUCAGCACGAUAAUUCUGAGAACAUGCUCGAGAAGCAUUUUGCAAAUUCUGAGAAGGUGCAAAAAUAUGAUCCUGUUUUCAUCUUGCAAUUGUCAAUCCAUAGUUUAUCCAUGGGUUACAUUGAACCCGUGGAGUUUGCUAGUUUGGGCUUGCUUGCAGUUGCAUUUGUUAGCAUAUCUUCACCUGACGAUGGGAUGAGGAAAUUAGGUUAUGAGGCUCUUGGAAGAUUUAAAAUUGCGACCGAGAAGUGUCAAAGGAGGAAGGAUAUAAAGCGACUUCGGCUUCUGUUAACAUAUUUGCAAAACAGUAUUGAAGAACCCUGGCAGAGAAUUCCUUCAAUCACUGCCAUCUUUGUUGCAGAGGCUUCUUUGCUAUUGCUGGAUCCUUCACACGAUCAUUAUUCAACCAUAAGUAAGCUUUUGGUGAGCUCUCCUGGGGUGAAUAUGAAGUGUGUUCCUUUAUUUCACAAUCUUUUCAAGAGUAAUUCUGUUAAUUUCAAAACAGACAGGUUGUGGAUACUGCGUCUGUUAUAUGCUGGGCUGAAUUUAGAGGAGGAUGCUCAAAUAUACAUUAAGAAUUCCAUUCUCAAGACCCUGCUGAGUUUUUAUGCUUCUUCUCUUUCGGAUCUCGAAUCAAAGCAACUGAUCCUUCAGAUAGUGAAGAAGUCUGUGAAACUACAUAAGCUGGCCUGUUACCUCGUUGAACAUUGUGGUUUAAUUUCAUGGUUAUCGGCUGUUAUCUCAUUCUUUUGUGGGAAGCAAUGCGAAGAUCAGAGUGGUUCUUCAGUAACUCUAUUAAGUUUGGUACUAGAGGUAGUCAGUGAUGUUAUUUCAUCCAGAAGCACUGCAGAGUGGUUGCAAAACUAUGCCCUUGAGCAUCUCUCAGACCUUUCAUCUCACAUAUACAAACUAUUGGUUGGUGGCAUGGAAGUGAUGAAGGAAAGUGUUUCUUUGGCUAGUUCAAUUCUAGAAAUACUGACUUCAACAUUGAAGAUGUCACAAAAUAGGAAAAUAAUCCAGCCACAUUUUACCCUAUCAGUUGACGGUUUAUUUCAUAUAUACAAAGCUGUCGAUGUAUAUGGUGAGGCCAUAUAUAAUCCCGGAGCAGAAUUGGGACUCAGAGCUGUUCUUAUGAGCAAUCCUCCAGUUGCUAUUUUUCACAUGGAUCCACGAAAGCUUUCUAAGUUUGCUAUUUGGGCAAUUUCAACUGCUUUAUGGUCAGAUUCUAAAAGUGCGAUGCAGUCGAAAGAAUUUUUUCAGAAUUUCACUAUUUUUUCAGAGGAUGAGCAACAUGAAGAUUCUUUAAUAUCAAAACUUUUACGCUGGUUGACUGCUUCAGUAAUCCAUGGAAGGCUUUCAUGCAAUUCAAGUAAUUUGGACUCCAUUCAAUUUUCUGAAAGAUCAAACCUGAAAGCACUGCAAUCUUUUCUUGAAAGCAUUGAGAAAGGAUGUGCAGAAAACAACAAAACUGAUUUUGGCUGUGAAGAGACAUUAGCUACUACAAUCUUCUACCUGCAGCAGCUUCUUGGCAUUAACUGCAGCUUGCUUCCAUCUGUUGUCUCUGCACUUUGUCUCCUGCUUUUUUCUGAUGCUUCCUAUGUAGCAGGAACGGAAUUCCUGAUUGGCCAUGAGCAUCCUGUGGCAUCACUGUUGACAAGGAUACGUUGCCCAGCUGAAGCUAAUCCUUCUUGGAGAUGGUCAUUCUACCAACCCUGGAAGGAUGAUGAUUCAGUUGAUCUUAGUGAUUCAGAGAAGAUGGAUGAAGUUCAUGCUUGCCAAACUCUUUUAGUGAUAAUUGCAAAUGUGCUCAAGAAGAAUUCAUCAGAUUUGCAGGUUCUUUCGUAUCAAGAUUUGGAGGAUUGUGGUGUAUUUAAAUGGGAAAGAUGUAUUCUUGAAACCGAAUGAUGUAUUGGGUAAAUGGUAAUUCCAUCUAUUUUUCCAAAUCACUCAAAAGUGGUGAAAGUCCAGUUUUUUAUUUUUUUCAUUUUAUUUUUCCUGCUGCAUGGAAUUAGUAAAAUUGGAGAAAAACAAGUUAAACAACUCACAAAAUUCAAGUUAAACAACUCACAAAAUUGAAUUAAAUU